CCUCCCCCGAUGCUUCGCGAUCAUCUUAGCCGCCUUUGUACGAGGCCUGUGACCGCGUGCCGUCCGUAUGCGACGACAAAACCAGCAGCGCAUCCGCCUCAUUCAUCCGGCAGCCCCCCGCCCUCACUUCGAAUCACUCAGGAUUUCGCGACCUCUGCAGACGGCACUACAAGCAUCAUGCAGCGGCUUCACAUUGCUGCCAUUACUGAUCCCUCGUGUUUUGACUCAUCACCCGCAUGGGCGGCUCGCUUGGAGGAGGUGUGUGGGCGCAUUGAUGAAUUGUCUGAGGACGACUGCCUGCGGCUGUGGCGCAUUCUGGUGGCUGUCGAGUGUGCGGAUGCAGAUCUGCUGCUGAAGGUGAUCUCGGGUUCGGCGCAUUGUCGUCACUGGGGAGGCUGGGAAGAUGGCGAUGUCGGCUCGAUGUCGCGGUAUCGUUCUGAGGCACUGCUGGUGGAUGUUGUUCGCUACCUCGAGAAGGGACAGCUCUUCCUGCAGCCUGCUCGGGACGCUGCCAUCUCUUUCGUGGCUCAACGAGCGUGGAGCACCUCUCAUCUGUCGAGUGACGACGUUCUGAUUUUUCUCAAGGAAAGCUGCCGCGCCCCUCUUACACCCGGUGCACUGGAAGGAGCAGCAGAGUGGGUUGCGGACCACGUACGGAUGCUUCGGGCAGACCAGUUGCUGACGGCCGUGUCCCUCCUCCUUCCAUCCAUCAACGACCCAAGUCAGCAUUCGGCCGUGCUGCCAGCUUUCCGGGCCAUUGCCGAGGCAGUGGAGAGCCGCUUCAGCUCGCUCGACCCACACACCCUUCUGCACAUCAUGGGCGGCUAUGCGCUGGCCGGUGCGGGCAGCCCUGUGUCGUUCAAGCGGCUGCUUCGUCUGCUGGACCCUUCAUUCGCCUCAAUGGAGCUUCGGGACCUCUUUCUCUACCUCGUGUGCGUGGCAGCCGCGCCAUCGGGCAUAUUGAGGGUGGGGAGUGCCGCCAAGGUGAAGAGGAGGCGACGGGCGGCCAGCAAGUCGAUUAUGGGGUAUCUUGCGUUGCGUGAGAGGGAGGGGGCGCCGCAGCAGGUGGUCCGCUUCCCGCGGUUCGACCAGAGGGUGCUGCACUGCUGCCAGGCCGUGAGAGGCGACAUCCUUGCCAUGAUGAGUGGGCGGACAGAGGGCCUGCCCGCGUCGCCCCUGCCUCUCCCAUACUGCCUGCCCAUUCUGCACACACUCGUCCGGUCGGCCAUCGAGCGGGAGCUGGUCAUGGUUGAGGCGCGGCCACUGAUGCACGCUAUUGCUGUGGCGCUGCUCAGUGACCCAUCACAGCUGUCGGUGGCUGCUAUUGGGGAGGCCACGGCUGGUCUGGCUUACCUCGGCUAUGUGGGCAGCGCCGUGCAGCGGCGAUAUUACACCGUCAUGCUCGAGCGUCUGCUGUUCGGUGACCAGGGGAGAGGGAGUGAUGUAGAGGGUGCUGUGGAGAGGCUGCUGAGUGGCGACAAGCCAAUGCCAGUGGCUUGCCAGAGUCUGUUCAGGGCCACAUGGGCGGCAAUGGUGGCCGAGUGUCAUCUAUCUGACGACCGGACCGCGGCUUCCCUCGCCACAUCAGCGGCCCGAACACUCCUCUCAUCCCCAGCUGUCGACACAUCUCAAUUGAGGGAGGCGCAGUGGGAGCCGUCUGCACAGCCAUCCACCAGCAGCAGUGACGGCCCGCCCUUCAACCCCCUGUGGCCGGCUAUGCCGACCUCUCAGCUGGCGAGGCAGGUGGCACUGAUGGCCAAAUGGGAAGUGGCUGGAUGGACAGAUGCGUGGGAUCGGUGGAUUGAUCAAGGGGGCGACGAGCGGUUCAUCUCGGGGCUGCGGAGGAGGGAGCACCAGCGGGUGGCGGCACUCCUGAUGACCGCCAUGGUGCAGCCCGACCGCCUUAAGACCCUCAGGCGCAAGAAGCGAGUGGGCAGCGACGUCGCUACGGAUGGAUGGAUGGACACGGCCAACAGCCAGAUUCGAGUCAAGGCCGUCAGUCCAGACGACCCCGCCUCGUCCCCCUGCCCAUCGCCCUGCGACCUCAUCCUUCAAGACACCGCCACUGGGGCAGCCCUGCUGGUCAGUGUGGUCGCCAAGAACGCCUCCGUGCUGUACCAGAUGCGGCAUGACCCCACCACCAACCUGCGAGUGCCACGGCGACAAAUGGAGCACUGGUGGGGGGACGGUGCAGAUGGUGCAGAUGGUGCGGAUGAUGCGGGUGGCAGUGGCGACUCACUUGCGUACAUUGGUCUGAAUGGUGUGGACAUGGUGCGGUAUCGGCUGGUGACUGCAUGGAAUGAGGCUGUGCAGAGGGGCGGGAUGGCAGAUGGGGGAGAGGAGGGUGAGGCUGUGUGUCCUUGUCCUGCACUGAGUGUGGUGCUGCCUGUCGAGUGCCCUGAGAACGUGCUCAGAGAGACCGCUGAGACGUUGGUAAGACUGGUACCUCUGUGUGGACGCUAGAAUGCUAG